GAUUAAGUAUGUUGAAAUUACGACAUAGAUGUUAUAGCUUACAAUAGGGUGCAAAUUUUAAAUUCAGCGCCCAUAACCUAUCUUCAAUGUGAAGACAGUAAUUUCGUAAGCAGAGGUUCACAUGCUGCUUAUGGUGUUUAUAAAACAUUUGGGAAUCUAAUUUAAUAUAAAUUAAAGUGCAUUCAGCUUGUAAAGUAUAUUUUGCAUGUUUCUGUAGUUUAUUUAAUUAUAAAUAAUAUGUGGACAAAAUGUGUGUUUUUAAUACGUGUGUUUGAUUUUCUCAAACUCGUGGUAUUGGUUAUACGAUAACAAAUACACGUGGGUUUACGUAUUUCAUAAUUUGUUAAAAAAUUGUGUCGACAUGUAUCGAUAAUCGAUAUAUAAAGUUCAUUAUAAUUAUGGCACGUGGAAAAAAACCGGUCCGUGGUGGGAAAAGAAAAUUUAACCGGCACGAUGUUCAACCGAAACCUAAGAAAGGUAAAUUUAACCUAAAAGAAGCUUCAUACAUUAAAGAACGGGAUGCUAAAAACAAAGAAAUUGAAAAACGUAGGAAAAUGUUGGAAGAAGAGAAAUUACAACAGCAAGAAUUAGUAACCGAUAGUUCUGAUGAAGAUCAAACUGAUCCCAUGCAAGAUUUACUAGCCACCUUUUCAAACACUAGUUCUUUUAAAAAAAAUGCUAUAGAAUCUAAUUCAGAAAGUGACACUUCUGAUAAUGAGGAUGAUAUUGAAGAAAAUGAGAAUAGUAAUGAAAAUUUGGUAGUACAUACAGAUGAUGACACUAGAUUAUCGAGUAGUAGUGAAAAUGAAGAUAUUAAGAUCAAAGAAUUUGACGAAGAAGAUGCUGAAACUGCCAAGGAAGAUGCUGGUUAUUUACAAGAUCCAUUUUCCAUUCAUCUUCGGGAUGAUUUAAGUGAUAAACUUUAUGAAGCGGCUUCUAAUGUACCUCAAAUCACAGAGACAGAAAAAGCAACAUGGCCAGUUCUUGGGAAUCUCAUUUGUGAAAUUCCUAGGGUGUCAGAGGAUACAAAUGAUAUAAAACAGAAAGCCAAGGUCUCUGUUCUAGAAGAUAAACAUUUUGCCAAAUGUGGUAGUUUUCCUUCUUUAAUUGAAACAAUCGACUGGGAUAAAUUAUACGUAAAAUCACAAAUUCAAGGUAAUAUUACAAGAGCUAAUUAUACAAAUAUAAAAGAUGAUAUUGACAAAGAUCCAUCACCUCUCACUCCUGUGCAAAGAGAACUAUUUUCAAUAAUAAAUAAUUAUCAAGAUUUAUAUUACCCUGAAAGGACAUUUUCUAAUGCCGAUCAAAUAAGAUUUAUAUAUUGUUUACAUGCAAUUAAUCAUGCACUGAAAACAAGAACAAAAGUACUACAUCAUAAUGCAAAAAUAGUAAAAUCAAAGUAUACAAAUAUGGCUGAUGUUCCUGAAGAAUACAGAGAUCAAGGUUUAGUCAGACCAAAAAUUUUAAUAAUAGUUCCAUUUAGACAUUCUUGUUUGAGAAUUGUUGAAUUAUUAAUAGCCAUUUUAAUAGGGGAAGACAAAGGUGGCUCAGUCAUGAAUAAGAAAAGAUUCAUGGAUGAUUUUAGUGGUAAUGAACUAAUAAUGCCCAAAAAAAAUCCAAAACCAGAAGAUUAUGAGCAGACAUUUCAGGGGAAUACAGAUGACACUUUCAAAAUUGGAAUUUCUAUCACAAAAAAGACUUUAAAGUUAUACUCUGAAUUUUAUUCGUCAGAUAUUAUAAUUUCAUCUCUAUUGGGUUUGAGAAUGUUAGUGGGUGCAGAAGGUGAAGCAGAGAGGGAUUACGAUUUCUUGGCAUCGAUAGAAUUAUUAAUUAUGGACCAAGCAGAAUUAUUUGUAAUGCAAAAUUGGGAUCACAUGGUCCACGUAUUAAACCAUUUACAUUUGCAACCAAAAGAUUCACACAAAACAGACUUUUCUAGAGUAAGAAGUUGGUGUGUAAAUGGUUGGAGUAAAUAUUACAGACAAACCUUAAUAUUUUCAAGUAUCCAUAUACCUGAGAUUUAUGGAGUGUUCAAUAAGAGGUGUUACAAUUACGCAGGGAAAAUUAAGAUAAUGAAUCCCGUUUCCCUUGGAACUAUUUGCCAAGUAGUUGUGCAAGUUCCACAAGUAUUUCACAGAUUCGAGAGUUCCAGUCAUUUUCAAGCCUUGGAACAAAGAAUGGAUUUCUUUGUGACAAAAAUACUUCCUCAGUACAAGGACAGAAUUAUGAACCAUACAUUGAUCUUUAUACCAUCUUACUUUGACUUUGUGAAGCUGCGAAAUUAUUUUAAGAAGGAGGAGUACAGUUUUGUACAGAUCUGCGAAUACUCUAAGGACUCUAAAAUAGCAAGAGCUAGGGAUAUGUUCUUCCACAGUGACGCACAUUUCCUGUUGUAUUCCGAACGAUUUCAUUUCUUCCGUAGAAUACGACUGAAAGGUAUAAGGCACAUCAUAUUUUACGCACCACCGACGUUCCCCGGGUUCUACAGCGAGAUGUGCAAUUUAAUGCAAGAAUUUAAUCAGAAUUCACGAUCAGGUUCCAGCAGUAACAUGACUGUAACCGUUUUAUAUUGUAAAUACGACAUUAUGCAACUCUCCGCGGUCAUAGGCACAGAAAGGGCGAAGAAAAUGCUCGGGUCAGAGAAGUCUGUUCAUAUGCUCGUAACUGGUGAAUGAUAGAUCGCAGAGCUAUUUAAGAACAAUAUAUUUUACAUAAACAUAUAAAUAGUUAAUGCGUAUUACAUGCAGUAAAGUUGUAAAUUAUUCGAAGGUACUAUUAAAUGGCUACAGUUUGUACUAUCGGUAACAAUAAGAAGAUAUAUUUUCAGUUACAUAAGCCUGUUCAGUUUCUUUAUUAUACGAUUAGAAAAUUACCUGAAAUAAUUACAAUUCCGAUUACAUUUCCUCGAAUCGAUUUCAUUGGUACAUUUCACCAUAUCGAACAUAUUGAGUA